GGGGAGGUAGGUGCAGCUAGCAUAGCAGAGCCUCUCUAAACACACCCGAGGAAGUCAAUAAAGUUGCAAAUGAACAUCGGUUUCACUUUGAUUUCUGCACGGGAACCUUGAAACAACAACAUGAGUUCCUCUAACCCUGCGACUAUUGGGGAGCUAUUCCUCGUCCUUAGUGAGAUGGGAUUCACAGAAGAACAGAUACAGGCGGCUGUGCAGGCAGGGCAUUUUUCUGUGGCCGAGGCAGCUGAAUGGCUUCUACAGGGUCAGUACCCUCGGCACACUCUGGCCAGGCAGCCUUCACAGCCGACUGAGACAGCUUUUUCUGCAUUCAACCCACCCAAAGAGACAGCAUGCACUUCAGUGUCACACACAUCUCCCACUGACAGCAGAGCAGGUCCUUCAUUGGUGCUGAGGUCGUCACAAUCAAGCACCCCAUCCCAGGAUCCACCGCCAGUUGAAUCGCGGAUCAAACCAGACAAGAGUGACUUUGAAGAGAAAGAGAGACAACGUGUUGCUCAGGAAGCCAGAGCAGAGAGAAGGCAAAAGAAACAGGAGCGUGAGUUGGUGUUGAAGCGGAUUGCUGAGGAUCGGAGGAGCCUGCAGGAGAAGAGCCAGACUAAUGCUGCUGCAGAUACGUCCCCUUCCAGCAGUGAAGGACAGAAGCUGGGAGGAAAGAUUCAGACAAAUGUGGACAACAACUGCAUCCUCAUGAUUCGGCUGCCGUCCGGGGAGUCCAUGCGUGAGCGCUUCUCAGCUGAUGCCCCUCUGCGCAGCGUUGUGGAGCACAUCACCGGACGUCACCCCUCCCUACCCUCCUUCUCUCUCCUUCAGGGUUUCCCACGGAAGCGCUUUGGGGAGGCAGAGCUUGCCUGUUCCCUGCGCUCUCUCGGCCUUACACCCAAUGCUGCACUGUGUAUUCAGACCACUCCUCCAGAGACACCUCAGGAUCCACCAAGUCCAGCAGGUCACAGUGAUGUGCCACCUCCAUGUGUUGCACCUCCACAUCAACAUAUUCCUGUCCAGGACAUGGUGGGAGAUCAGGUCCCUGUUAUACCUCCUCCACUACCUAACCAGCUGUGGGAAGAGGCAGUGAAUUAUGCAGGAAUUCCAGGAGCUCCCCCUUCGCUGCCUGGACCUUCUCAUUUUUGGGGCCGAGGCCAGAGGUUGGUUCCUGGUGAUGCUGAGGAUCCGGCUAUAGAUGUUGAUAUGGAUCAAGAAGGAGAGGAACAACCACCUCACAUGCCGAAUGGGAUGCCAAGGUUGCCUUUCCUUCCAGAGAACAGGAUUCGAGGAGGAUUUGAGCCCAGACACCACUGGCCAGAGCAAGGAAAUCGACUCAGAGAGGGCCCAGAAGAGGAGGUGGCAGACCCUGAGGAUGCAGGAGGUCCGCUGGCGCCUGUAGCUGCGGGUCAGGCUGCAGUUGAGCGUCUUCAAAGAGCUGCGCAGCAAGACGACCGCCAUGCCUGCCAGGGACAACCAUCGCCCCCUAAAAGACCAUUCAGAACACCAAGCGUGCCCUCACUAUGUGCCUUGGCCACCCGCGCAACAGUCCACCUAAUGACUGCUCCCAGCAUGCAGUACAGCAGCAGCCUAGCAGGCCUGACCCCAGAGCUCGCAGAGCUUCUGCUUAACCACAUGUCUCAUGAGAAGUUGCUACGCCCACGCACCCUGGAGCUGUUCUUUGGCUGCCCAAUCCAGAAGUUUGUCUUAAACAGCUACUCAUACUCCACCAAUGAGCUCCUGCGGCAGCUGCGGGCCUUCACUGCCCUGAAGCACCUGAGUUUAGUCAAUUCGCCUCUCAUCACUGACUCGGGCCUAUCAAUCCUUUCCACCCUGGUCAAACUCCAGUAUCUCAAUCUGGCCUCCUGUAGCAAGCUGACUGACUCCUGCCUACAGCAUAUCACAGGUUUGAAGAGCCUGUGUUUCUUGUCCCUGGACCAGACCAAAGUGACAGAUGCUGGGAUGGUUCUGUAUCUCCAGUCAGCUCCUUCCUGCCUCUCUCAGCUGAGCCUGAACCAGACAGCAGUGACUGAAGCCACUCUAGCAGUGCUCCCCACCUCUGUGCCACAGCUGCGACUUCUCAGCAUCAAACAGACUAAAGUUAAGGAUGUGACAGCUCUAGCAGCGAUGUCCAGCCUGCAGACUCUUAACCUGGAUGGGACAGGUGUGACAGAGGCAUCUCUGGAGCACCUUGCUACUCACCCUGCCCUGACUUCCCUCAGUUUGGGGGGUAUCUCGGUUGUAGAUGGCAAUCACGCCCUUCAGAUCAUCUCAGGUCUGAAGUUGAGUCACAUCACCCUCCCUGGGCGCCACUCUGUGACAGACAGCGGACUAUCGUUUCUCUCUAGACUGACUCUGCUCUCAGAGCUGGACCUGACAGACUACACACAAGUCACAGACCAGGGAGUCAGCCAGCUCUCCACCUUGACCAGGUUGAAGAAGCUGUCACUUAGCAACACUCAGGUGACAGAUGUGGGGCUUUCCUCUCUGCGAGGCCUGCAGGAGCUGCAGGAGCUCUGUUUGGAUCGGACUGCGGUCACCAGCCAAGGAGUGGCUGAUCUCAUCAUCUGUCUGCCGCACCUCCAGGUGUUGGGGUUGGCCAGCACUCGAGUGGGAGACAAUGUGGUGAGGAGAGGUCUGGUCCGCUGCAGUCAGCUUGUUAAGCUUAAUCUCAGCCGCACGCGGAUCACAGAUCAUGGUCUGAAAUUCCUGAAACACAUGCGCCUGGCUCAGGUGAACCUGGACGGCACUGGGGUGAGCCUGAUGGGAAUUGCUAGCCUCCUCUCUUUCACCAACAUCAGCAGUAUUCGGGCCAGUAACACUCGCACCAUUCCCCCUGACGAAGUCUCAGAUGAGGAGUUGGAAGCCCAGUGAGCAUAGGUACCUUCGGUUGGUCCAUGUUGUCGAGUGGUGCGACCACAUGCUUAUGCAGGAUCUUCUGGACACAGCAUAACUGAAACACUCCUAUUUGCACUGUUUCAACAGCAGCUAGUGCCAGUAAUCUGUCAAUUGUGCACGCUGAGUUGAAACCAUAAACAGGAGCAUUGUGUUCAACAGCUCCUUCAUUUCUAACGUUUACAUAUACAGAAUUAAUCACUAUUUAGUACCCUGCAGCCCCAAAUGCCAUCUGAAAAACUUUAUAGCUUUAUGUGCAUCUUUACAGGUUGGAGCAACCUGUGUUUCUCCAGGGGCCUGUACUAUGAAGCAGUUUCAGUGUACCCAGGAUUUUUUUUUUUCCAUAUCUGGCUUCACUUUGCCCCAGCAGUCAGGCUAAACCAGGGGUGCUCAAUACGUCGAUCGCGAUCUACUGGUCGUUCGCAAGAGGAGUGCAGGUAGAUUGCACGGAACCCCCAAUGAAGUUGGGGAAAAAAAUGUAGAUCUCACGGCAUUAAAAGAAGUAGAAGAUGGAUGAUAAACUAUCAUCCAUCUGUUUCGUUACCACCCUACGCAUGCACAUUUAACCACGCUGGCUUUGCUAGUAGCUCACAAGCUGAAAAAGUGUGGGCACACCUGGUAAACGGUCACACGAAGGUGGUUUUUAACUGGAGAAGUCAAACCCAGGGUUUGAGCACAUUCACAUGGUUGUGAAACAUGGAUAGGUCUACUGGCAGCAGAGUGAUGUGCUGGCUAUAGAUUGUAAAAAUAUAAUACUAGAAGAAUAUGAAAAAAAGAGCUACUGCAGCCAAAGCAACACUAUUAUAGUUCUAAAGCUUAGCCUAUCUCAAUCUAGAAGGAAAAAAAAACUUGACUCUGUAAGUUAUUAAACUUCUCAGUAUCACAGCGCCAUCGGGCUCAUGUAAAGCCUGUUGCCUAUGUUAACAUGGCAAUGUAGCCCAGAAAGAAGCGAAUCACCUUUGUUACCCUGAAGCUUCAUAGUACAGUCCUCAGGUUGGAGCCAAGUGGCAGAAAUCUACUUAGUGUUGAGAAUGUACAACGGAGCAUGUAAUGACUAACAGACUUUAUUUAGAUAUUCAAUGAGAAUCUAAAUAACAAAAAUAGCCAGUUAAACCAAAUAUGGUUGAAGUGUUUUUGGAGGGAUGUGAAAGCAGAUAAGGUCUUCCACUGAUAUCUGCAUUGAAAUUAACUUUAAAUUUAGAGCUGUAUUCAUGUCAUGUCAGAUUUACCAGUAGAAAUAAGUUUUGGUUUUUUUUUUAGCUUGAACAUUUGAUACUAGUAAUUUUGUUAGCAGAUACCUAUAUUGAUAGUGCAAAAGUUCAGGAUUUGCAAAAGUUUAAUAAAAUGUGAGCCACCGUACAGUGUUAAGAUACCAGAAUUACCCCCAAAAUUGGAUGCCUCACUUUGACAUGAAUAUAGCUUUUAAGUAAAAAUUAUGUAAAAAUCCAGAAUGAAGACUUCAUGAUAGUUUUAUAACCUGCAGCUUGCACGCAUGUUAGUUCUUACCACCUAAAAAUUCUAGGUUUUAUUUUAUCUGCAUCCUGGUGAUGCACUGACCUCAGUUGUCUUUUAUAAGUAGCCCUCUUGCAUUGUCAGUUAAGCCAAGAAAUGCCAAUGUUUGUUUUUUUGGAAAGUUUAGCCAUUUUCAGCUACAUCAGUGAGCCUCAUUCAGUGGAGUGUUAGUGGCUGUAAUAUAACAAUCUAUGCAGCCAUGGGGCUCACAGCAGGACCCAAAGCAACUUCUUUAAUCCCUUAGUUUUUUUUUCCCUAUUUACAGAGAUAUGAAAGUUUAUUUUCCCUACAAAAGCUGUAUUCAUUACAAUUAACAAUAAAGUCUUCUUAAAUUA